AUGAAAUACUCACAUAAUCAAGGAAACCAAUUCGAGCCCUUGACUCAUCUUCACGACCGCAAAUCCCGAUGGUUCGCCAGCCGCCAUUCGAAACGCAGAAGGGCAAGGGAACACAAGAGAAAAGAGCUCGUCGAACUUCAGCUUGCUUCUUUGGACGCCGAAUUGUCAACUCGUUUUGAUCAUGUCAUUAGGACGAAUGAGCACAAUUCCAAUGUCCAGCUGCCGGACCUUGAUCUCUCACCUAUGCAAAUGGUCAAAUGGCAACCUCCAGCACUGUCGCCAGUACGCACACCCACCCCUCACUUCCAACCUAUAUCCGAUGCAGACUGGUCAACUCUUGAAAUCAAGUUCUCGGCCCCAGCCAGAAAGACUUCGGUUGUUCCAUGUCCAUCUCCGCCUAUGUCCAUCAUGACAGCGGCCGAACUUGGUCUACUCGCCCCAUUGACACCCAAAGUGUGUUUGCCAGAACUUACAAACAGACUGGAAGCUCCUAUGACUCCUGUAGGCAACGCUCCGAUUGUGAUGCCUUGGAUGCCUUGCCCUUCCGCCACUGCACCCAUCAUCCAGAGUCCACAUCUGACUUUGGAUGCUACAGUGUACGAUGGCAUCGAUCCGUCGUUUGUAGCAGCAAAGUUGCCACAUUUCCAUGACAUUGAUCCAUUCGACUUGGCCGUCCCAUCAACCUUCGAUGCCAGUCCAAGCACUUACGAACAUCUCGAGCCACAGCCACAGUCGACGAGGUGCACUCUAUAUCGAGGAAAGGGUGAUCAUCAUCCCGAGGAGCCAUCUCUGAACACCUCCCAGUCUCUGCGUACUUGUGAAGAAGGCAGAAUGCCAGGUGUGGUACACAACGAUUCCGCCACUGUUCCGAUCUCUGCUCUGGAAGUCGAUUGGUCCGAUGAGUCGGUCGAAGACUGGGCUUACGAUAUCGUUGGUGAUUGGGACAACGAGCCUUUUGUUGAGUGGGGAGAACCAUUUGUAAAUUGGGAUGACAAGCUCGCCGAGAAUUAUUCUGAUGAUCUUGUCAUGAUCGAGCAUGAUGCCGAGACCUAUGACUGGACCUUCUUGUCGUCUCACGACCGCACUACAAGCGACUGUAUCUCGGACGGCAGCUCAGCUUUCUCGAGCGUGGAAAUUCUCCCGCCGCUGACACUGAGAGACUCGUUCUUGGAAGACAGCUCUGCAUAUGAAGGACCUCCUCGCGAGUUGGCUGACGACGGAUCGAACAUGCGCAGAGUAUCAAAGUCAGCCUGGGAAUCAGAGUCUGACUUUUGCAUUCCUGCUUUCUUCUAG